AUGGAGAGCAGCAACCUCACCUUGGUGACUGAGUUCAUCCUCCUUGGCCUCUCCAGCUGUCCUGAGCUCCAGGUGUACCUCUUCCUCCUCUUCCUCAUGAUCUACCUGAUGAUCUUGCUGGGAAAUCUGCUCAUUGUGUUGUUGAUAAUAAUGAAUACAUUCCUCCAUAUGCCCAUGUACUUCUUCCUCAUCAAUCUGUCCAUAAUUGAAGUCUGUUAUACAUCCUGUGUGUUCCCACAAAUGCUUGGCCACUUCUUUGCAGAAAGAAAGUCUAUAUCCUAUUUCUGCUGUGUAAUACAGGUCUAUACAUUCCUGUCCUUUGGCAUUGCAGAGUGCUAUAUCCUCUCGGUGAUGGCCUAUGAUCGUUAUGUUGCUAUUCGGGACCCCUUGAGGUACUCAGUCACAAUGAACAGGAGUGUGUGUGUGAGUCUGGUGACUGGGUCUUGGAUGGGUGGCUUUGUGGCAUCCCUGGUGGUAACAGUAUCUACAUUCCAGCUCUCAUUCUGUAGGGAUAAUGUUAUCAAUCAUUUCUUGUGUGAAAUGCCUGCUCUGUUCCGCCUUUCCUGUUCAGACACAUCUCAGGCAGAGGUUCUCUCACAAAUCCUUUGUGUCUUUACUCUUUUGUGCCCUGUCACAUUCAUCACUUUCUCCUACACCCACAUCAUCAACAUUGUCCUUCAAAUUCGCUCUGCCCAGGG